UUUCACAUGGUCAAUGGCGAAGAAGGAACCCACGGCUUUGAUUGCACAAUCACUCGACAAAAAGUUCUAUUUCGGGUUCUUACGAACAUAAACAGAAAAAUAUCACUUAGAAAGGCUUUAAGUACUACAGUAGAUCAAAACUAUACCUGAGGACUUGAGAUCUAGUGUUUAAGAGGCGAGUUUCAGUGAUUAUUCCCGCCAUACGGCAGAUCAUCGGGGAAGUUUUCUAAGCCAACAGAGAUGGCAUCGAACGGUACAGAUGGAGAAAGCAGUGCGGAUAGAAACGUAGAAAUAUGGAAGAUAAAAAAGCUGAUAAAAAGUCUAGAAGCAGCGAGAGGAAAUGGCACCAGUAUGAUUUCCUUGAUCAUUCCACCUAAAGACCAGAUAUCUCGGGUGUCCAAGAUGUUGGCUGAUGAAUUUGGCACGGCAUCCAACAUCAAGAGUAGAGUCAACAGGUUAUCUGUGCUCGGAGCCAUUACCUCAGUACAGCAACGACUCAAAUUAUACAACAAAGUUCCACCGAACGGCCUUGUGAUAUACUGUGGUACCAUUGUGACAGACGAAGGAAAGGAAAAGAAAGUCAACAUUGACUUUGAACCUUUCAGACCUAUCAACACAUCCCUAUAUCUUUGUGAUAAUAAAUUUCAUACAGAGGCCCUUACAGCCCUACUAGCAGAUGACAACAAGUUUGGGUUCAUUGUUAUGGAUGGAAACGGUGCCCUGUUUGGCACGCUAUCAGGAAACACACGAGAGGUCCUACACAAGUUUACAGUUGAUUUACCCAAGAAGCACGGUAGAGGAGGACAGUCAGCCUUGCGUUUUGCCCGUCUCCGUAUGGAGAAACGACACAACUAUGUCCGAAAAGUUGCUGAGGUUGCUGUGACGCUCUUCAUUACAAAUGACAAACCAAACAUCGCAGGCCUUGUAUUGGCCGGUUCUGCAGACUUCAAAACAGAAUUGAGUCAGUCAGAUAUGUUCGACCCUAGACUGCAAGCAAAAAUCAUCAAAAUAGUUGAUGUAUCGUAUGGUGGAGAAAACGGAUUUAAUCAGGCCAUCGAACUCGCAGCUGAUGCAUUAGCAAACGUUAAAUUUAUUCAGGAAAAGAAACUCAUAGGGAGAUAUUUUGAUGAAAUUUCACAAGACACAGGGAAAUAUUGUUUCGGUGUGGACGAUACGCUAAGAGCUUUAGAAAUGGGAGCAGUGGAUAUCCUCAUUGUUUGGGAAAAUCUGGACAUAACACGAUACGUUUUGAAGAAUCACCAAACAGAAGUUGAAAACAUUCUUCAUCUGAAGCCAGAACAAGAAAAAGAUAAAACGUAUUUUAUCGACAAAGAUACGGGUGUUGAGUUAGAGUUGUCCGAACAGAUGCCUCUACUGGAAUGGUUUGCAAACAAUUAUAAGAAGUUUGGUGCCACAUUAGAAAUUAUCACAGACAAAUCCCAAGAAGGUGCACAGUUUGUCCGAGGGUUUGGUGGAAUAGGAGGGAUUUUACGAUAUCAGGUUGACUUCCAAGUCUUCAACACGCCUACGUUUGAUGACUAUGAAGAUUUUGAUCUUGAUGACUAUUAAACAAUGUUACUAAACUCGCAAGAACUGUUGCCAGUCCACAUUCAAGGCCUUUAACAAAGAAAUGCAUAAAUAUCUGAAGAAUCUUCAUCACUGUUGUAGUGCUUGAGGAUAUCACAACUUUCUGAAGCCGAAUUCCUGUGGAGACAUUUUGACUUGUGACUGCAGGAGAGAAAGUGUGUUUUCAGAUUUUACAAAAUGCAAAAGUAUUAAACGUGCUGUACAUGAUCUGGCCAAUACCUACUGGUCAGCACUGUCUAUUGUAUCUCAGAUUUCACGUAAUGACAUUCACAAUGGUUGAAGUCUGGAUGGAGCUUUCAAGUAUUAAUGUCAGUUUACUGUGUUAUGCUUCGGAUGAUCUUCAUGAUCGAUGCUCUUGUUUCAUCUUCAUAACAGAUCUAUAUGUGCAUUGUAUGGGAAAAUUUCAACAGUUCCUUUUUCCUGUUUAAAACAUACCGAUCUGGAUAUGGUACUGUAUCUACACUCCACAACAUACACCAUUUCAAUUUUCAAUUCAGUCACUAAAAUUUUAACUGUUUUAACCCAACUUUUCUUCAUAAAAGUUUCAUACAUAAUUUUUUUUUUUUUUUUUUUUUUUAAAUUUUUUUCAAGACUCGAUUUGUACAGUUCAGUCGUCUCUAAAAUGGUACAUUUCAAUUUUACAUUAUCUUACAUAGAUCGCUUACUUAAGUUAUGUAUGUCUGUAACCGUUUAUUUGACCAAAUUAUUUACCUCAACAGAUUAUUAUGCGAAUUCUACUUGAAAGGUUAAGAAAAUCUAUCAUCAAAUAUUAUUAUACAAGAUCACAUUUUAAGAACUAGUGACUGUUAAUACAGCUCUGAGCUCUCCGAUCUGACAAUUUGAAUUCCGUUUCAACUAAAUAAUCUUGUUUUUCCAGUAAAAGAAAUAUCCUAUGGAGGACUCCAGGAAUAAAUUCCAUGCAUGGUUGACAACAGAGAAUGUCUUAAAACUUUGAAUUAGAUCACUUUAGUUGAGAGUUUGACAAAACUUACGUCGUCCUGUACUGUAGAUAUUAAAAUUUUUACUAUAAUAGUCCUAAGUAAGUUAUCAUUUGAUAUUGUUUGUAUUAAAGGUUAAGAAUUGUGUAAAAAGAAAUGCAGCACUCUUAUAAAUCUCUCAGAUGGAACUUUCUUGUUCAUGUCAACCCUCAAAUAAUCUCUGGGAUGUUUGAGAUGGGCUUGGUGGUACCCAAGAUAAAUUUUGGUAUUUUUGGCCCAUGGACUUAUACUUAUAAGUCAAAGCUCCUUCCAGAACUUGUAAAACUGUACAUUUUUAAAGUCUGUUCAUUUCAAUUGUGAAUUGAAAACAAACAAAAAACACUAGUGUGUAUCCAUUUUUGAGUAUUUUGAUUUUGGUAUAUGUAUAUUUAUUUUCCAAAGUUCAGAUCACUAUAUUCUUACCAUUUUGUGUACUAAGUACACCUGUCUUGUAGACUAGCUUUUAUACUGAUAUGAUUUACAGUCAGUGUGAAGCAGCCAGAGUUCUGUGUAUACAAUGUAUGCAGAUUGAAUUGUUCCCCUACAGGACUUCAAACUUUUCAAAUCCAGUAAAAAAAAAAAAAUAAUUGGGGGGGGGGGGGGGGGGGGGGGUGGACUGAAAUAAAUGAUGAAUUAAUAUCAUGAUAAUAUGUUAAUUGUUGUAAUUUAUCACCAGAACAAAUUGUCUCAAAAUUAAAAUUACUGUAUAAUAGUGCUGAUUUUAGAAGUCAUUGAUUUUCUUUGCCCAGUUGUAAUAUUUGAGGUGGCAUUAAUGGUUGCAUUGCUUGACAAUGCACACUUCCCAAGAUUCCUUAAGGAACUAAACCUCAGUUUAAAACAAAUAACACAUAUUUUUUAAUAGCAUUUAAUAUCUGGCAGGUUUUCAUACCAAUAAGAAUUUAAUCAAUGGCCGUCUCUUAAACAGAGCCCAAUUGUGUUUCUAGUGACUGGCCGUCUGUACUUGGAAUAUGUUCUUGAUAAUGGCAUUGUGUGUGUACGGUUUAAAACCGAUAACUGGUGUUUUUAACGGAGUGAUGAAGUGGAUAUCAAUCUAAUGGAAUUAUCAGGUUAUUAAAGCCAGUUCCAACUUAAUGUUCACAUCCUGCUCCGUAUAUAUAAAACAUGCCAUUUUUCUGUUGCUGUUAUAAUGCUAUAAUACAUACAGAGACUGGCGAUGUUGUGUGUCAAUAGAAGGGACACAACUCUAGCAGGCAUUCACAUGACUUAGGGAUACAAACUUGUGGAAUUCCUUGACCCACAAGAUAACAAGAAUCUGGGGAGUUGUGUGACCAAUGUCAUACAAUUCGCGAUAAUUAUGAGAUUUUUUGUUUAUAAAAUUCACAAGGGAAGUGUACAGGUAUAGGCCGUGUUCGCUUCUAUUCCUUGAAGUGCACACAUAGGGUUUUGUACUGGGAAAUAUUAAUGUGUUGUUUCAGAUUUGUUUGUGAAAAUGUACAUUAAAUUGAUUGACGGUUAACCUAUUAUGAAAUGUUUAUUGUAUCCUGUAAGUUACAUAUUAACAUAUUCUCUAUACAGUUACCAACAAAUGAUUAUAUUCUAAAGGAUUCCACCGCGAGUCCUUGUUACCAUGCCGGGUAUACCAUAUUGUACAUGUUAUACAGGAAUUAUAGAUAUUGAGCUUAAUAGUUUUGUUUUGUUUAUUUUUUUGUUUGAAUAUUGAAAUGUGAUGAAAUGUGACGGAUACCUUUGGAUCCUCGCUCACAAUAAAAUUCGGUACAACUAAUGUCGCAAGUCCUUAUAAGGGUGUACAUGUAUUCACUACUCCGAAUCCACCAAACUAUCAUCUCCUAAAACUUCAUUUUGAACAUCAUCUCAAAAUGGUUAGAUUGUAAGAUAAUAACUUUCUUUAAUGUUUGUUCAAAAAUGUUAAAUCUGUCUGUCCCAGGCAAAUUAUAAGAUAAGGUUGAUGUGAAAUAAACAAUUGUUUCGAUAACAUAAACAAUUCUCGUGAUAUCAGCAUGAAUUGUUGCAUUUUUUGACAUCAUACUCAUAAUAAUCAUGAGCUCCUUUUAGUCUCUUAAACAUAAAUUGUUUAAAUGAAAUGUAAAAAUGAAUUGUUGAAACUUGACACAAGUAUUAAGUUUUGAUACUGGUCUUCCAUAGCGACUUGUAAUCUGUUCUCGGAAGACUAGAAAAACUAAGUGUACCAAACAAUUUGGUAAAACUCUCCAUACUGUUAAUCCACAGUUGGGGAUGGGCAUCACACUAGUGUGGGACCAUCUCUACCUCCCUUCAUUAUCUGAGGAGCAUAGCACCCUUAUGGGGACAUACAACUCUAUAUGAUUUAUUCAGGUAUAGCCAGAUCGGUGCAAGUGUGUUGGCCAUGUUAAAGAAGAUUUAACAAAGUUUAUUGUCGUAAUAUAUUAAAGUAUUUCUUUGAAAAUUACAUUGAAAUUGUCAUAUAUAUAUAUUAUAUGGGCAUAAAAGAUUUUUCAAAAAAGGUAAAUAAAAAUUUGAUAUGCCAAUAUCACAUUUGAGAUAAGACUUGGAAUUGUUGAGUUAUGCUAGCUUGUGUGUACCACUUAACCAUGCAAGGUUACUUAAGCACAGUGAAAAAUUUUCAGAGGGAAAUAUUAGAUGAAACUUUUGUUCCAAUAUUUGGAACAAAAUAUUUGAAACCACAAUAGAAAUAAAAACAAAUUAAAUCUAAA